AUGAGCGUUGUUUCAUCGAUGCCGAAUUGGACAGAUCUUUGGGAUCAAAUUGACGGGGUUGCGGCGCACACACAAAAAGGAAUUGAGCAGCUCGAAAGAUUUGGCACAUUUCUUAAGGAACGUGCCACCAUUGAAGAUGAGUAUGCAUCGAAAUUAAGAGCAUUAGCGAAAAGAAGUGUCAACAAAAAGAAAGAGGACGAUGAUUUAGCAAAGUCGUUCACGUACAUUACUUCUUUUUAUGCGAUUCUCAGGGAACUUGAAAGUCUCGCUGGACAGCACGAAGUAGUUGCUGAUGGUCUACGUAAAGAUAUUUAUCCAACUGUAAUGAAUAAGUGCACCGAAUUGCGUGCAACAAGAAAGAAUCAGUUGAACGAAUUGCACACUGUUCAAGGCACAUUGAAUGCGGCCGUAGAUAAUAUGCUUAAGUACCAGAAAGCUUACAUGAAAUCAUUUAAAGAUGCAGAAGCGGCACAUAUAAAAUACGACAAAGCCGAGAAGAAUAUGGAUUUGUCGAGAGCUGAUCUGGAGAAAGCGAAGAAUAAUGCUUUGCAGAGGUCACAGUUGUGUGAAGACGCGAAACAGAAUUAUGCGCAUGCACUGCAAACUGCUAAUCAACAACAACACCAGCAUUAUAAUCAGCUAUUACCACACAUUCUUGAAAAGUUGCGUGCAAUGGAUGAAGAGAGGAUAAGUGAAACGCGUUCGAUAAUGUUGCAAAGUAUUGAAGUAGAAACGAAAGUAAUGUCUAUUAUGCAGCGAUGUUAUGAAGAUAUGUCAAAUGCUGCUAGACUAAUCUCGCCUUCUUCUGACUCGGCUAACGUCGUUGAAUUCUUCAGGUCAGGAUAUGCACAUCCACAGCCGUAUCCAUUCGAGGAUUUAGGUGCACCUUCGUCAGUGGUCAACAAUCAGGAUGCUGCAACAAGUAGCAAUGAAACAAUAAAACGUAUUAAUCGAAACGGUACAACAAUUAAAGUCAACCGUAAACCAAGUAUGGGAUUAUUUAAGUCCACUUCACAUCAGCGAAAGGAUGGUACUGAUUUUCGUUCGUAUCCACCUCAGCAAAGAUGUCGGCGAUUGCAAAACGAAAUUGAAAUCAUUGAGAAAGAAAUCGCGAAGAAUGAACAAAGUUGUGAGGGUGCAUCCAAGCUUUAUAAUGUUUAUAAGGAUAAUCCAAAACUUGGUAACGCCAAUGAUGUUGAUGCAGAAUUGGGUGUGUAUAAGAAAAAAAUUGAGAAACUUAAUCAACAACUCAAUAAGUAUAAGGCAAUGCUGUUGGAAGCACAAGCUGAAUUGAACGUUCCAAUCAAUAUCGGAUGUGAACCACCCGUUCGCCCUCCACCACCCUCUCAAUCGCGUAUCAGCACUCCUUCGGAAGCAUCGCCUCGUCAAUCCGAUUCCAUAACACCAAACAAUAAUCGUAAAUCUUAUUCCGAGGAAUCAAUCUCUUCUGAUGGCUCUUCUGCAUUAUCUCCACAUCACAUCCACAAAACACCUCAGACGGCAUCAAAUACCAAACUAGAAUCUCCAGUGGCAACAACAACAUCAAAUAUAGCGUGCGCAACAAUGCCGCCAGUGGCAAGGACAAUGCCGAAUGCAAGUGCAGGAAUGGUGCCGUUAGCUGAAAAGAACGAAGUGUAUGAAGAGUGUGAUAUGCCAGCACUGGGCACGUGUACAGCCUUAUAUAAGUUUGAGGGGGGUAGUGAGGGGACGAUGGCUAUGAAUGAAGGUGAUGAGAUGGUUUUGAUUGAGAGGGAUGAGGGUGAUGGAUGGACGCGGGUCAGGAACAUUUCAUCCAAUAUCGAAGGUUUCGUGCCAACUUCUUAUUUGCACUGCAAAUGGUAUCCAGAUCAAUAG